UAUAUAUUUUAAUCUGUAUAGUUUUCAUUGCCUUGUGUCCUAUUGUUAACCCUUAUAUAGAUAGGGUUCUCAAUUUGCGGACGUCAUCCUUGGCGUCCGUUAGUUGAUUAGGGCUUAUUUGUCUGCCCUCUGUCUCUCUCAUCUCUGUGGGACUCCUUUUUUCCCCUCUCUCAUUUUAUUUGUUCAUCCCCUAUUAGGGCCCGCUUGUGGUGCUUUUUUGGUUAUUGCUUGUCUUCGUCCGGCCUUGUUGUGCCGCUUAGCCUCCGGUUCGGGUGCCCGGCGCUUCGAUUUUCCCCUUAUAUUAUACGGCAUUCGGCCAUUUUCUUCCCCCCCACUCUCCUCAGGGCCUUACCUUUUUCGCCGCUUCUUCCAGGCUGCGCGCGCUCGUAGUCUCGCGAGGUGCGAGAUUCUCGGGCGCCAUCUUUACUUUGGUGGAUUCUGAUCACCGAGAUCUCGCGGGAUUUCGGACGUCAUUCCUUUGGCGUCCGCUCAUUGGCCCUCACUGGUAGGAGGUGGAGUCUUAGGGUUUUCUACUCCCCCCUACGAUUCCCGGGUUUUUCUUAGUGUGUUUCCGGCUGCCAGUACUAUCGGCUGCAUCUUCAGCACCGCACGGUCGGUUGUUCAUCACAUUCAGUCCGGUAUUUCUCCCUCUGCGCUUCCCUAUUGACUCUGUUGGGGUGACUAACUCCUGCAGUAUCUCAUCCAUCAUGUCCUCUGUGCCAGCUUCCCCUGUCGCUUCUGCCCAAGACAAACACACAGGUCAGAUAGCUCCCACCACUCCUUUCAGAGUUAAUGAGACGCCUGCUCCUGUAGUGCAGGCUACUAAUUUACAACAAUCUAUAUCUGAUGCAAUUGUUGCGGCAAUGGGGACCAUGUCAGCUUCGCUGACACAGUCCAUAUCACAGGCCCUUAUGGCACAGCCAGUUUCUGUUAUGCCCCCUCCUGCCUCCAGAACACUCUUGAAUGAUGGCUCUGGCCCAUCCACUGACUGCGUGAAUAAGUCACGCAAAAGAGCUAACCCGCGCCCGGCAGAAAGGGUGCGAUCUUGGAAGACCGCCCGGGCACUCCCGGAUCCGGUAUCAGAUUCAGACGCAGAGUCUGUUGAGGAGGCAGGUGAGAAUUGGUCCACUCACUCAGGGGAUGAGUUAGCGGAUAUUGCAGUGGAUACUGCCUUAGAAGACCCGUCUCUGACAACGGGUGUUAUUACUGAGCCGCUGGAAGUCGCCAAAGACACAGUUAUAGACCCCAUGGGGGAUCCUCUGUUUAAUCCCGACCAGCUACACCAUCCGCGGUCCUCUGAGUGGCUUCCUGCCACCCAUGUGACCCAGUAUCUUGAGGCUAGGAUCCGCACGCCUCUUUCCAAGGAGGCUCGCAGUAAGCUGCGCGCGGAAUGUCCCCGUCCCCUAAUUCCGAACAAGAUAUGUGAGACCCCUACUGUGGACCCAAAAGUGGUCCAAUUUCUGGCGAAAACCGGUUUCAACCCACGCAAGGGGCUUGAUUCUGCGCUCAAAGCUUGCCAGGACAAAUUGCUCGAUAUGACCGGCCCACUGGCAAAAAUCCUCGAUUUAGCCGAGACCGCUAGAGUAGCGGGCACGCAGGUCGACCCAGAGGAUCUUAGCGGCUGGGCCCAAAGGGCUAUAUGUUUAGUUGGCAAUGUAAACACCUCCAUUGCCAUUGAGAGAAGAAAGGCUAUCUUGAUGAAGAUAGAGCCCAAGUUAGCAAAUCUGUCCCUCUCUGAGUCCGGUAAGGAGGCACAGGGCCUCCUUUUCGGAGAUCCUUUUAUUAAAGAAUUGGGAAAAUACGUGGGGGCCUUUACGGCCCUGGAUAAGGCGCAGAGUUCGAUGCGCCGCGUUUUCCAGUCUCGUUUUUCAUCCAGGGCCGGCAGUCUCAGGGGCCGCCUGUCCGGCCGAUCCAAUUUCCAGCCCAGAGGCACGGGCAGAGGCUCCUUUAAUUACCGCCAGUCCCUUCAGGAUCCCAAGUACCAGCCAACGUUCUUCCCGUCUCGCGGUGGCUCUUUCCGGUCCAGAGGAUUCCGAGGCGCUCCAGGAUCCAGACGCCCAUAUGGUUGAUCACCCUCUGUCUGCUGUUUCCAAGUGUUCACCUUACGGCUUUCCGGUGUUCUCGUUCGCAGCCAAGGUUCGGGCUGUUUGUUGACUGUUCGAGGUUCCAGGUUCUCGUCAGUUGAAGUCCACAAAGAAAGAGGAAGUGUCCAUGGGGUGAUGCGCCUUAUAUAGGGGCUAUGGGGGUGGAGUUAUUACCAUGGUUACACUGAUGUCAUUUUUUUCUUCAGUUAUCUUUGCUGCUAUGUCUCAGUAAAGAAAGAG